CUCGAACAGAACAGAGCAAAAGGAAAGGUAAAGGGACGCCCCCUUCCCGCCUCGUAUUUCUUCUGCUUCACCUCCCCUUCUCAGCCCUCACUCGCACCCUCACCCUCACCCUUACCCUCACCCUCACCUUCACCUCACUCACCCUUUGGUUUGAUGUGUAGCUAGUUAUGGUUGUGUGUGUCUCGUAGCCAUUCUUUGUUCCGUCAUCCAUCCCUUCUUUCCAAACGCCUCAGCUCGGGCAGCCCCAGCCGGACCCGUUCGAACUUGCGCGCGCGCGCGCCUCCCGUCGCCCUUAACAAUUCCCUGUUUCGGUUUCGGCUCUGCCGUCUCCUCCUGCCAACUUUCAGAUUGAAUUGCCGGUUAACGCUGACCACCAACCACCACCACCACUACCAACCACCAACUGGCGACCUUCCCCCCUGGCCUGGAACCUCCAAUCCUCUUCGGCCUCGACGACUUCAUUUUUCUUUCUCUUGACACUUCUCCCCCCGUUCGAACCUCCGAGCUCCUCCCGUCACCGCGGCGAUUUGAGUCGGGAUAUCCCGAGAAUCACACCUUUAGCGGUUAGCGCUUCCUGGCACCCGCGACUCGAACAUACCGCUGCCGUACUCGAAACUGCCCAAGUGUUCUUACGCCGCUCACUCUUUUUUUUUGUGUACCUGCAUUUCGUGAGGGUGUGGUGGAAGAGAAAAAAAAAUCAUUGCUUGGUCCCUGACAUCGCUGUCGUCUUUCUCUCGAGUCCCCAGCCUGACCCGCCAGGCCGUCUCAACACCACCUACCUCUUCAACUGGUAGUGUGCCUACACAUACGAAAUGUCCUACAAUCCACCAAUGAGUUUCUCCGAGAGGAGAGGGGCCGUCUUUAACGAGGAGUUGUCGCUGAAUACACAUCAUGGCAUCAAGAGCCUGGCGCAACCGCGUCCCAGAGGGCCACCAACACCGAGUAUGAGCACGCCCGCGGCAGACUUCGAUCAGGUUACCGGCUCUCCACCACCUCCACCCACGCCGGCGGCAUCCCCAGGACCAUCCAACUCGAGGCCGGAUUGGAAGAGCGCCGACGAAACCGAGGAGGCCUACCUUGCUACGAUUCGCCAGUACUUUGUCAAGUGCAACAGUGCUCAGAGGGGGCGGCUGCUGUCUGAUCUGCUGAACCUCUGCACCAGUCAACAGCUGAGCUUUGUACACCAGUUUGUCAGCCCGCUGCUGAAGAAGGAUCCAUUCACUACUCUCCCAGAUGAACUGUGUCUUAGAAUCCUCUCGUUCAUCGACGAUCCCAAGGUGCUUGUGCGCGCAUCGCAAGUGUCCCGAAGAUGGCGGGAUUUGCUGAGUGAUGACAUGACGUGGAAGAAUCUAUGCGUAAAGCACGAUUAUCAGCGUAGGAUGUCGGAAGUCCAGGCUAUGCGGGCAGAAUUCUACGGUCAUGCUCAGCGAGACGACGGUGCGGCCGCCGGGGACUGUUCCGGCGCGCUCACGUCCAACUCGCUACCCGCGUCGUUUGGAAGCAGCACCGGCGCGCGGCCGAGGCUCACGUCGUACAAGUCACACUUUAAGCAGAGAUAUCUGGUUGAUGUGGCUUGGAGGACGGGCGGGCGGAACAUCUCCAAGAAUCUCACCCAGGAUGGCGGCGUGGUCACGAGUCUGCAUUUGACCUCCAAGUACAUCAUUGUGGCUCUUGAUAAUGCCAGGAUCCACGUGUUUGAUACCGAAGGAAACGCGCUUCGCACCCUACAGGGCCAUGUGAUGGGUGUCUGGGCUAUGGUGCCCUGGGAUGAUAUCCUGGUCAGUGGUGGCUGUGACAGAGAGGUUCGGGUUUGGGACCUGACGACUGGAAACUGCCUGCAUACGCUUAGGGGUCACACCUCUACGGUCCGCUGUCUUAAGAUGUCAGAUGCCAACACGGCCAUUUCCGGAUCCAGAGACACGACCCUUCGGGUUUGGGAUAUCAGAAACGGCACACUGAUCAAGCUGCUUGUCGGCCACCAGGCCAGCGUCCGGUGUUUGGAGAUCAAGGGUGACAUCGUGGUGUCUGGCAGUUAUGAUACCACCGCCAAGGUGUGGAGUAUUUCCGAAGGUCGCUGCCUUCACACGCUUUCGGGGCAUUACAGCCAAAUCUAUGCAAUCGCCUUUGAUGGCUACCGGGUGGCGACUGGCAGUCUUGACACUAGUGUCAGGAUCUGGAAUGCGCAGACAGGUGAAUGUCAAGCUGUUCUCCAGGGCCACACCUCCCUCGUGGGUCAACUGCAAAUGCGUGGCGGCACACUCGUCACGGGCGGCAGUGAUGGCUCUGUGAGAGUAUGGUCGCUCGAGAGAUUCUGCCCUAUUCACCGGCUCGCCGCCCACGACAACAGCGUGACGAGCUUGCAAUUUGACGACACGAGGGUUGUCAGCGGAGGUAGCGACGGGCGAGUCAAGGUCUGGGAUCUCAAGACUGGCCAGCUGGUUCGCGAGCUUAUCACGCAGGGCGAGGCUGUGUGGAGGGUUGCGUUUGAGGAUGAGAAGUGCGUCGCGAUGGCGCUGAAGAAUAGCCGGACCGUCAUGGAGGUUUGGAACUUCUCGCCACCAGAAGAAAUGCUCAACGACCGCCCUGUUAUCCCACUGAAGAGAACCCUCGACGCCCCAGCACCAGACGGCAGCAGACCACUCAGCGCCUUUGCUCUGGACUACCGGGGUGCUGGAAGCAGUAGUAGCGGCAAUGGAAUGCUUGACGUCGAUAUGCCCGACGCAGGACCAUCCACCGCGCCACUUCAACAGAGCGGUGGCAUGUUUUUCCGGGAUCCAUGAAUACGAGAUGAUUCUCAACGCUAUGGUACAUACACACAUACACUUAUGAUGUGAAGUGAGAAAGGGGGGUUAUCAUUGUUGGCGUCAUCCGCUGAUUUGCUUAUUUUCUUUUUUGGCUGGUUAUUAUUUUUGCGCAUACCCCCAUUCUUGUUGGUUUAUUUAUCUUUUGGGUCUCAACGGCAACAUGAUCGUUCUGUAUCGAAUUGGGGGAGGUGGUUGGUUGUAUGGAAACGAAGGGUAUCGACUGGAUGGAGUUUUUUUGUUAUGUUUGUUGUAUGUUGGUUAUUAGGAAACUGGAGGGAGGAAAUAUGUGAUAGCGCAUUGUUAUGGCGUUGUUUUUUUGUUACACACUUAUUUCUCUCUCAUCUUCAGGCUUUCUUUUUUGGACGGUGCUGUCAACUCUGUAUAGAAGACAGCUGAAUAAAUAUGAGAGCAGUGGUUUUGUUAUCAAACAUGAAUGAGAGAUGACGGUGGUGGUGGUGUAAAGUGGAGGGGGUUUGAGGGGGAUGAGUGUGGGGUGAGCUCAGUGAGUGGAUUCCGUUGCUGAUAUCAUUUGCAUUGGGCGUCGGGGGGGUGUAUCGGUGUCUUAUCAGAUCGGUCGGGUCGGGUCGGAUGGGCCGGAGAGCGAUGCGGUGCGGCGGUGUUUUGUGUCCAAGUACGGAGUAAGACUUUUAUCAACCCGUGUAUAGACGAGAAAGAGAGAGAGAGUAAAAGAUAUAUUCUCGUCUUUU